GGAACAUCAAACAAGAUAUUACGUAUACGCAAUAUGCUGCUCAGCCGCCUCGAAUGUGUGAAAAUAUUGGAAAAUCUAACAAAUUGCGAGAGCAAGCUGUUGGACUAUCAGGUGGUUCGAGAUGACACUGCAGUUGGGUAUCUGGGGGAUUACUAUGCACUGACUAUAAGCUACUGCAACGCUGAACGAGAGGAAAUCUGCCAAAAAGCGCAGCUUUUCAUCAAAACCCUGCCCCUAAAAAGCGCCGAAGUGGCCAAGGAGGCUAUAUUUCGUAAAGAGACAUGGUUCUACGAGACAAUGCUAGGCAAAAUGCAGCAAUACUCCAAGCUCAAAUGGAGUCCCUUUUGUUACUUCACUCGACCCGAUCUACUGGUCCUCGAGGACAUAAAACUAAAGGGAUAUCGGGCAGUGGAAGCCACUCAACUGACUGAGAAUCACCUGCAUCAACUGAUGCGUUCCGUGGCAGCCUUUCAUGCCGCCAGUCUGAUUUACGAGCAUCAGACCAAAGUGAAUAUUGGGGAAGCCUAUGGCGAUCAAUUGCUGGAGGUAACAGUUGCCUCUGAGAUAGCCUGGUUUACUACUGGCCUCUCCGCUGUUCUGGCUGCCGUACGAAGUCUUCCCCAGUAUCAGGGAGACAGGGAACUCAAUUUCAUUGACAACCAACUGCUGGCGAUCAUGGAAGGCAUCUAUGAGCAGGCGAAGCCUUCAAUCAAGUACAGGAAUGUGCUCUGUCAUCGCGAUCUUUGGGUGGGAAAUACCUUUUAUCCACGCGAAGAAAUCGGGGCCGCUCUCCUUGUAGACUUUCAGACCUGUCGGUACACUCCGCCUGCACAGGAUCUAGGCUUUAGUUUGUAUAUGAAUCUCACAUCAGCGUGUCGAAGGCAAAUGGAAAAGACCUGCAUUGAUGUGUACUACAAUAAUUUGGUGGAGAAUCUCUCAGAGUUUGGCCUCCAGGCAGAGCUCCUGUUGUCGAAAUCAGAGCUCCUGGAAUCCUUUGAGGAGUUUCGUUUAUUUGGGAUUGUCUAUCGCGCUGUGGCGGCUACCAUCAUCAAGGUGCCAGCCGCCUUUGUGACCAAUGACUUCAAGUAUGUGGAUCGCAGUGGAGUGAUUUUGGGGUAUAUGGAAACCAACCAAGAGUUCAGGUCCUAUAUGGAGGAGUGCUGUGUGGACGUCAUGAACUUGGCCUUGGACAGGGCAAACAUGUGAGAGAGAGUCUGAUAAGGAUGAGU